UGAAGGCAUCACUAGUGCAGAUCAGUGUUGUGUGCGGUCUUCUCGCUGUGUUUGCUGCGUUUGCUGCUGGCUCCCCUCUGUCGUCCAUUAGAGCUCGGUUCCAUCCCCACUGUACGGCGCAGGCCCGAAGUAGCGCAGCCGCUCUGAGUCAUUGUAACGUGGAUCCAGCUGUGUAGACCAGGCGGCCGAUAAUGGACGAGCACGUCGUUCACCAGACAGAACACAUGACCACCAUCGAGGCCAGCGCCGUCAGCCAACAGGUCCAGCAGGUACAUGUGGCCACCUUUACCGAAGCGUCCAUGAUGAGCGCUGAGGAAGACUCAACGUCCUCACCAGAUGAUGAUCCUUAUGAUGAUACGGACAUCCUCAACUCAGCUGGCACUGAUGAGAUCACAGCUCACCUGGCUGCCGCAGGGCCAGUAGGCAUGGCAGCUGCUGCUGCCGUGGCAACUGGUAAGAAAAGAAAGAGGCCUCAUAUCUUUGAAUCCAACCCCUCCAUCCGCAAGAGGCAGCAGACGCGUCUGCUCAGGAAACUGCGAGCCACCCUGGAUGAGUACACCACUAGAGUGGGCCAACAGGCCAUAGUGCUGUGUAUCUCUCCUUCAAAACCCAACCCUGUGUUCAAGGUGUUUGGUGCUGCUCCUCUGGAGAAUGUGGUUAGGAAGUAUAAGGGCAUGAUAUUGGAGGAUCUGGAGAACGCUCUGGCUGAACAUGCCCCCGCUGGUGGAGAGCUAGCCUCAGAGCUGCCCCCACUCACCAUCGAUGGCAUCCCUGUCUCUGUGGACAAGAUGACCCAGGCCCAGCUGCGAGCGUUCAUCCCAGAGAUGCUGAAGUACUCAACGGGCCGAGGGAAGCCUGGCUGGGGUAAGGAGAGCUGUAAGCCAGUGUGGUGGCCUGAGGAUAUCCCUUGGGCCAAUGUACGCAGCGACGUCCGCACAGAGGAGCAGAAACAGAGGGUGUCUUGGACGCAGGCAUUGCGGACUAUCGUUAAGAACUGCUACAAGCAGCAUGGCCGUGAGGAUCUGUUGUAUGCUUUUGAAGACCAGAUAACCACGACAACCACCACCCAGCACCACCUAACCACUGCGCAGAGUAUCACUCAUCUCGUGCCAUCGCAAACUGUGGUACAGACCGUCAACAACCCUGACGGAACAGUCUCGCUCAUCCAGGUUGGCACAGGACACACAGUUGCCACCCUGGCAGAUGCCUCAGAGCUGCCAGGUGUGACGGUGGCACAGGUCAACUACGCCACAGUAACUGACGGAGAGAUUGUCCCUUUCGAGGUGGAGCAGAACUGGGCCACCCUCCAGGGCGGCGAGAUGACAAUCCAAACCACUCAGGCCUCAGAGGCCACGCAGGCUGUAGCAUCCCUGGCAGAAGCCGCUGUUGCCGCAAGUCACGAAAUGCAGCCCGGAGCCACCGUCACAAUGGCUCUUAACAGUGAGGCAGCAGCCCAUGCUGUAGCGACGUUGGCGGAGGCUACUCUACAAGGCGGAGGGCAGAUUGUCCUGGCAGAGACAGCAGCUGCUGUUGGGGCACUGGCAGGGGUUCAAGAUGCCACAGGUCUGGUCCAGAUCCCAGUCAGCAUGUACCAGACUGUAGUGACCAGCCUCGCCCAUGGCAAUCGGCCCGUCCAGGUUGCCAUGGCACCUGUUGCCACACGCAUAGAUAACACUGUCACGCUUGACGGCCAAGCGGUGGAGGUUGUGACCCUGGAACAGUGACAAUUAAGACCCUGGAAGCAGUAGGAGGCACUGCCACCUUGGAGAUUUGAUUAUCCUACUGGCUUCCAAGACGUCACGCUGUGUACAAUGUCAAAUAUAUUUUUAAAUGUACAGCUGGAGGGGUAGCAAAAGUGAGUUAUCAAUGUGUUUACUAUGUAAAGAUAUUGCUUUUGUCGGUAUGAUUUUUCUCCAAUUUAGCUCGUGGUUUUUUUUUGUUAGCUCUGUGAUGUUGAGUAUUUAGUAUUUAUUUCUUUACAAUUAAUCUUUACAUAAAACAAAGAUGAACCAAAAAGCCAAAGUGUGUAACUAUCACUGUUCUGGAUUUUUAUUAUCGUCUAUGUGCUUGACUGUUUUGUUUUUAGGAUGCAUUUACAAUUCAGUGCCAUAGUCAGAGAUCACUCCUCCUCUGUUAUCCAUAUCCUUGAUCACUAUUCUAAAUGUCACUCUUUCCACCUCAACUUCCCUAAAGCUCUAGAACAGCAUCUGAGCUCCCAGACAUUUCUCACAUUAGAUGAGGAAAUAUUAUGUUUUGUCCUUUUCCCUGUGCUGUUUUACUGUAGUCCACGCACAAGCCAAGAUUUGUGAAGACUCAGGAUAUACAUCAAGAUGUUUUUUACUGCUGAGCUCCCUUCCUGAAGCAGCUAUUUUGUCUACCAAAUCCAUUUAUUUACAGUGCAUGGAUAGGAGCAUCCCUUGGUAUGUUAUUUUUUUUUUUAACAUUAACUUGUAUCAUGUCAUAUUUGGACAGGAGCUGCAGUAUUUGUGAUGCAAAUAUCAAAAAGGCAUCUCUUUAAAUCUUGGAACAACCUAAAUUUGCUUGCCAAGAAUCGACUUAGUUUCAUGCAGCUUAACAGUUGGUUCAACUUUCACCACAAUUUAAAAAAUAAAGUCCAAUAAAAUGGCUGCUGUUCACCAUUCAUUCAGUUUCUCUUAUGAUUACUAGUGCACUGUUCAUCCAACAGCAUAACUAUCAAUGCAAACAUAAAAUGCUAACGCUACGGUAGUCAGUUUUUCAUAUUAAUAUUGAAUCAAAUGACUACAUUAGAUAAGGGUAGUACUGCAGCUCAUUAAAGCCUUUUAGCAUCUUUUAACUGUAUAGUGAAGUCUCACAUCUCUUUUCAACCCCUGUAGGCAGCUGUAUUCAGCAACUACGCUAUUAAACCCAAUGCACAAAACUCAAACACCAAAUGGUGACAACAUUGGACAAUACAGUUGAGUAUCUAGCAAGGUUGAACCAGAUAGCCUAUUUUUUGUGAAAUUGUGAAUAUUGGGCUUCAUUUGCCAGGAAGCCCAAAAGCACAAAUCAGUGCUUAUUUUUGCUCCAUGUCUGCUGAGCUAUUGUUUGCUAACACAUUAUAUGUAGUAUCAUAAACUUAAUUUAUUGGGUGAUAUAUUGUUGGCGGUGUGUCUUAUCAAUUUGUUUAGGUUGCAUUUUGUUUAGCAACUUAAGAUACAUGAUUUGGGAGCUGACUUGGACUGGUCUGUCUUGACUUGAAACUGUAUUGAAAACAAUGACCUUGUCCCACCUCUUCCAUUAUAGCACAAGAGACAUACACACACAGGAAGCAUUAGACAUAUCGGUACUCACAACUAUACAACUGGAUCUUAGAUUUUUGAGGAACGCCACAUUUCUCUGCAUUUUGUCCCAUAAUAAAAUAAUUGUCACAAAAUCUGAUAACUUCCAAACUCUCCUAUACAGCACCCCCACCUUCCCUGCCGUGACAGACAGGGCCAUGAUUACAUCAUAAGCUGCCUGAACCUCCUCUGCUUUAAAGCCUGGGAUUUGCUAGCCGGGCCCUUCUGUUGCAGAGUAGAACAGAGAGAGAAGCGUUCAGGCCUUAAUCUAUCAGGCGUCAGUGUAUAUCCCGCUCUACUUCCAGAUUAAAGCGGAACCAGCUUGCAUUCACACAGAUGAAAAGAUCCCAUUUUCUUUCUUGUUUUACGUUGUCAUUUUUAGAUUGGACCCAUUGUGUGAGCUGGAAAACACUCAAGGGUAUGCUAUGGGUCUUUGUAGGGGAGAGAAAACUUUAUAUAAUGUUGAGUCAUUGUAGGUGUGUGGCACGCAUGCGCGUCAAACUGUCACUGCAGAUUAAAAAAGCCUUAUUAGCGUGCUUUCUUGGAAAAAUGCCUACACCUCAUGCUACCUAAGCCUCUCCCUCCUCCAUCUCUGUCUCUCUCUUUCUCUGCACCUUCCGCUCAGCUACACUUACACAAAGUGCAUUGAAACCUUUCAACUGUAUCAUUAAAGCUGAACAUAACUGAGUUAUGAAAUAGCACAGCUUCAAAUAGGACAGAACUUGUCUCGCAGUGAUGAUGUCAACUCUUGUCUUAAGAUGGGGCCUUCAGCUGUUUAAAUCCUAGGUAUUGAUGUAUUUGAAGACAUUUUUGUUUUAAUAUAACCAUUUAAAAUGACACUAUUUUUUAGUGACAAAUAAACCUUUUUUUUUUGUUUCAAUCCAAAAUAUGAACUAAAAUAUUUGUAACCAGAAUGGACUAAAUUUUUGUUAUUGCAAAAUGAUGAACUAAAUGAGAAAAUGUGUGUUGUAUUUUAAGGAUGGAAGGAUUAUGGUUGACAAUGAUCCAACACUUGAAAAAUGCUCUCUAUGGCCAACAUCGAGUAAUAGUGUCUUUGACUAAAUAAAGUUGCUAUUUUUCACAAAUC